AUUGUGUCUGUGUCGAGGCGUCGGGAGGGCCUAGGUCCAUGCGCGGCGCCCUUCGGCCGGCCUGAGCCCCAGAGUCAGCUCCCCUUGCUCGCCCAGCGCUCCCAGGCCGCUCCCGGGGCUCACGGAAUAGUACAGAAACAGAUACCAGAAAACAUUUCCCAGGACAGAAAGGAGAGCACAGACCCCGUUUGGAUCAAGUCAGUUCCCUGAGCCUGAAUGAUGACUGCUGAGUCAAGGGAAGCCACCGGUCUGUCCCCCCACGCUGCCCAGGAGAAGGACGGCAUCGUGAUAGUGAAGGUCAAAGAGGAAGAUAAGGAAGAGCACACGUGGGGGCAGGACGCCAGUCUGCAGGAGUCUCCUCCUCCCGACCCAGAGAUCUUCCGCCAGCGGUUCAGGCACUUCUGUUACCAGAACACUUUUGGGUCUCGAGAGGCCCUGAGUCGACUGAAGGAACUUUGUCACCAGUGGCUGCGACCAGAGAUAAACACCAAGGAGCAGAUCGUGGAGCUGCUGGUGCUGGAGCAGUUCCUUUCCAUUCUGCCCAAGGAGCUCCAGGUCUGGCUGCAGGAAUACCGUCCUGAUAGUGGGGAGGAGGCUGUGACCCUUCUGGAAGAUCUGGAGCUGGAUUUAUCAGGACAGCAGGUCCCAGGUCAAGUUCAUGGACCUGAGAUGCUCGCAAGGGGGAUGGUGCCUCUGGAUCCAGUACAGGAGUCCUCGAGCUUUGACCUUCCUCAUUAGGCCACCCAGUCCCAUUUCAAGCAUUCAUCUCGGAAACCCCGCCUCUCACAACCACGGGCUCUCCCUGCCACCCACGUUCCUGCCCCUCAUCAUGAGGGGGGUCCCAGAGACCAGGCGAUGGCAUCUGCACUGUUCUCGGCAGAUUCCCAGGCAAUGGUGAAGAUCGAGGACAUGGCCGUGUCCCUCAUCCUGGAGGAAUGGGGAUGUCAGAACCUGGCUCGGAGGAAUCUGAAUAGGGACACCAGGCAGGAGAAUUAUGGGAACGUGAUUUCCCAGGGUUGUGAAAACAGGAAUGAGAAUGAGGAGUCCACCUCAAAGGCUGAAAUUGCAGAAGACUCAGCAUCACAUGGGGAGACCACAGGAAAAUUCCAGAAAGAUUUCGGAGAAAAACGUGAACAGCAGGGCAGAGUAGUAGAAAGGCAGCAGAGAAACCCAGAGGAGAAAACUGGAAAAGAAAAGAGAGAUCCGGGGCCAGCUACAGUCAAGGAAAAAAAAAACCCCAGCACAGGAGAGCAAGGUCCAAGGGAAAAGGGUAAAGGACUGGGGAGAAGCUUCAGUCUGAGCUCAAACUUCAACACCGCUGAAGAAGUUCCGACAGGAGCAAAGUCCCACAGAUGUGAUGAAUGUGGUAAAUGCUUCACAAGGAGUUCAAGCCUUAUUCACCAUAAAAUAAUCCACACCAGAGAAAAGCCCUAUGAAUGUAGUGAGUGUGGGAAAGCCUUCAGUCUUAACUCAAACCUUGUUCUGCAUCAGCGAAUCCACACAGGAGAGAAGCCUCAUGAAUGUAAUGAGUGUGGCAAAGCCUUCAGUCACAGUUCAAAUCUCAUUCUGCAUCAGCGGAUCCACUCUGGGGAGAAACCCUACGAAUAUAACGAGUGUGGGAAGGCCUUCAGCCAGAGCUCAGACCUCACUAAGCAUCAGAGAAUCCACACGGGGGAAAAGCCCUAUGAAUGUAGUGAAUGUGGAAAGGCUUUCAACCGAAACUCAUACCUUAUUUUGCAUCGGAGAAUUCACACCCGAGAAAAGCCCUAUAAGUGCACGAAGUGCGGCAAGGCCUUCACCCGGAGCUCGACCCUCACUCUGCAUCACAGAAUCCACACCAGAGAGCGAGCCUCCGAGUACAGCCCCGCCUCCCUCGAUGCUUUCGGAGCAUUCCUGAAAAGCUGUGUGUAA